AUGAACGAAUUUUCACAUGCGAAUGAUACCGAAGGCGUUGGCAAGGUUGCUGACGAUAGUUCGCUAGCUAGGGUCAGCGCAUCUUCAUCCUCGCUACCCAGCCGAACAACUGCGGCAGGGGAGUCAAAGGUAUACUUAGACGGCAACCGGAGAGCUGUGCAUACGCUGAGAGGGAAGAGGCUGGAAUCAAGUACUACACACGAGCACGCGUUUGACCACGAUGAGGGAGAAGGGAUGCGGGAACGAGAACACUGCUCUGACCUGGGCCAUCUACGAAAGCAACGCAAGAAAAGAAGAACAUACAGCUGCGACCUUUGCCGUAAGUUCAAGACACGAUGCGACUUUGAGCCGACAGCCGGGAAAUGCCACAGGUGCCAUGUGCUAAACCUGGAGUGCUCUCUGACUAAGGACCGCCAGGCGGAUAUCCUGCGCGCUGCUGAAGGCUCCGGCGAAGAAGGCCCAUAUCGUCUUCCGCACGUUGCUCAAAGCAAUAGUAGCAAUCAGCGAGGGCUGGGGAUGGACCAGCGAUUACAGAUACUGGAGAAUCAGAUCUCUGGCCUGAGCAACAAGCUGGAUUUUAUCUUGUUGCUGUUACAAGGCUCCAACACGGCUAUUCUCAACGCCAAUGCGAUGGGCGGUAGGAGUACGAGAGCCUAUAUGGGUGCGAAAGAUUCGGAAGCUAGUCCAGCUGUCUCGAACGCUAGCGACGAUGAAGCCAAUUACAAGGGGCAGUUGGGUUGGCCGCCGUUAGAAACUGGGGCGGAGAAGCUGACCCGCAUACUGCCUAUUCAAGAAUAUAGAAAGAGUGGCUUCAACAGUUUAAAACUAAGCGAUCCACCAUUUAAGUUGAUUUACGACCUUGACAGCAAACUGUUCCCCUCCAAGGCUCUAUCCGAGGAGGAGAUCAUAGCCCAAAACCAGCGUCCAUUUGUCGUUGCGCGCGUUAACUUCAUGAGCUAUUUUGGUCGUUAUGAGCAAUUAUGUUUAAACCUCUCCCGAGAAUUCCUCGUAAAGUCCCAUUUUUGGAUUAUACCUGGCGGUAUUAAGGAGAUAGACAGGGAGUAUGUUAAGAAACACGUAUUCAUCACUAGUGUAUUUACGGUAAUUGCCAUGGGCUUUGCCGAGAACAAAGUUUACGAGGAAGAACAAGAACUACUGUAUCCAUUGGUCGAGAGGCUGCUGGCGAACACUCUCACGAUGUCCGAGAAAUUAACAGACCAUGAUAUAGAGGCUAUAUUAUACUGUUGCAUGUUUAGCAUUUCGAGAAAAUCGAAGAGGCACAGACAACUGCGGUUCAAUUCUCUAAUAAUGUGCAAUUUUGCGAUAAACAGUCUGCUCACAAUCAUCGAUUACCAUAAGAUCAAGGAGCGUGUUCUCGUGAGAGAAGAAUACCAAUCCAUUGAUCUAUAUCAUCUCAGGAUCUUAAAUUCACUAACAGCUUGUAAGUUUCAAUACUCGAUUGGGCAUGGCGAAUUCACUGUACAGGAUGAACUGUCGAAGGAAUUCAACAAUUUAACAGCCAAGUUCCCACAGGCAAAUUUUGGAGAUGACAUUAAGAUUAGUGAGAUAAAUCUUUCAGAGAUUGUAAGCUCCAUUUUCUUGAAUUUUGGGCUAUAUUUUAGGGAGUUUUCCAGCAAAUUCAGACAGCAGUACACUGAAGAAGGAUCACGAGAAGCAUCUGAGAAGGAAGCGAAAGACUUGGUGUUUCCCGAGUUAGAAUACUGGUUGAUUAAUUGGGAUGAGUUACUAUCAAAAGAUGGAGGAGGUGUUCUACUAUUUUCCUACCAUUUCUACUACAUCAUGCUAUGCAGGACGUUACUGACCGAAAGGUAUGAUGAAGACUUCAGAAAUGACUUAUUUUACUUCCGAUGCGCCUUGCAUACCAUGAAAAACUCGUGUUUUGCAUUACUAAAUGGAUUUCUCAAGCUUCCUCCAUCAUUACUUAAAGGCGCACCUGUUAAUAUUCUACACCAGUUAGUCUACGCUUGUCUGACAGUUUCUGAUUUCCUACUUUACUAUGAACCUUCUGAGAGACAGCUAAUCUUAAAUAUGUGCACUAAGAUAUACUGGCAUUUGAAUGCCAUCGGUGAAAAGUCAAAUGAAGCGACUGAGAACGUUGGCAAGAUUAUAAAGGCUUUAAUCGAUACCAGUAAAGACAAGAAUACUGAUCCUACUAAGCUAGUUCCGGGGAAUCACCAACUUUCUUCGAAACAUAACAGUGUGGGACAACUAACGUCACUUGCGUCGGACAGUUUGGCAUCUUCUCCAACAGGAGUAGGCUCGCUGAGCUCAUCACUCCCAUUGGAUAGUGGAGCUGCCUUCAGCUUACCUGACGUAGACCAGUUUAACAGCUUUGAGGACUUUUUCCAGGACUUUUUCGGUAACCUGAAACCCACCACACAAAGCAUGUUCUCAUCUCUUCACAAGAAGUAG